AUGGCAUCCAACACGAGUGCGAGCAACAAGACGCUAAGCCUGAAGCUGCUGGUGAACUCCAAGACCCAGCGCGUCCUGUACGCUGAGGCUGGCAAGGACGUGGUCGACUUUCUCUUCUCCCUCCUUACCAUGCCGGUGGGCACGGCUGCCAAGCUGCUCACCGCAGACUCCAUGGUCGGCAGCGUCGGCAACCUGUACAGCAGCGUCGAGAAGCUUGAAGACACCUACAUUAGCUGUGAUGGCGCCAAGAAAGCACUGCUCACGCCUGCCGGUGGUGGUGGGAGUGAUAAGCUACUCCAGCUAUCCGAGCCGAAGACGGAAUCUGGUGUUCUUUAUAGAUGCAGCUACACCGGUUCAGCAACCUGCAGGAACUACGUGACCAAGGUAAGCGGCGUGCUGUGUCCGAAUUGCCACAAUAGCAUGACCACCCAGUUGCAGCCGCUGGUGGAGCCGGCCGGUGGAUCUGUUGGCAGUGCGGCUGGUGCUGUUCCAGCUGGCGCUGGGUUCGUGCAGGCGAUCGUGACUUACACGGUCAUGGAUGACCUCAAGGUCUCGCCAAUGUCUUCCAUCUCUGGGAUCACCCUCCUCAACACCUUUGGCGUCACGGACAUCGGCUCCCUCAAGGAGAAGACCGUUCAGCUUGGGUACACAGAGGGACUGGAGAUACUGAAGGCGUCGCUGCAGUCAAAGACGGUUCUCACUGACGUCUUCCUCGGGAAGAAGACGAAGGAGUGA